AUGGAGGGCUCUUUCUCUUGUGCGCCUCCUCGAGUGGUCGCAAGCAUUGCCUGCAUCCCUCCACGGGUCGCGUCAGGUCAGUGCCGACGAGUCGCUCGCUCGCUCGCCCCUCAAGUACUGCAUGUCUUCGUGUGCUUGAGCCGCGUCUACUCCGACUGGGGAGCUCUGAAUGACGACGGCGGGUUGAGCAAGGAACGCAACAUCUCUGUCACAUGGGGAGAGGACGUCGGAGCUCCGGCGCGGUACCUGACGAGUCUCGAAGCGACAGCAUCAGCCUAUGACGAUGCAUGGAUCUUCUUCACGGAUGACGAGCAAGAGUUUCACCCGACACUGAUCGGCCGCAUGCUCUCCGACGUCUCCCCUUCUUCCCUGGUCCUUCAGAAUCGGCACCGACACUUGCAGCGCAACUCGAGCGGGGGGAUGGUUGCUGGUCGUUUCGGGUUGCUCAUGCGCAGACAUGUCCUCGCUCAGCUCCGCGCGUUUCCUAUCGCGUUUCCAGCGAGGCGAGCAGGAGAUCAGUGGAUGUCAAUCUACUUGCACAAGAGGAGAGUCCCUGUCGACCCCAGCAAUGUGGAGGAGCUGGAAGCAAUAUUUGACAAGCCCUCGCUCAACCAGCUCGAGGAUUCUCCUGAGCCUGCAGACGUCGCCGAGCUACAGGCUUUCUAUGCCGUUCGCUUCUGGCAGUCGCGGGUCUUGGACCAAGCCUCGGGGUCCUGGAGUCUUCCUGGGCAUGCAGCAGGCUGGGAGUGCGAGAGAGGACCGUCGGCAUGGCAGACAAGCUCUUGUGCUGCCUCGCAGGUCUGUCACGUGCACGGACGCUACGUGAUGUACGCGGGUGAGGACGCACAGUUCGUGGGGGCUGGACUAGGUCGCUGCGACGACUCGGACGAGAGGCACGCGUGGGUAGUGGAGAGUGAGACCUCGCUGACGCUUCCUCGUCGAUCUCAGUGGGUUCCGGGGCCCUCCAUCUUCCUGCGCAGAUACUCAGCCGGGAACUUCGGGCACUUUCUUUUGGAUUCCAUUGUUCCUGCCUUCAUCUCCUUGUACACAAUGAUACCAAAUGUCUCGCUUCCAGAAAACAUCGUCGUUGACGACCUUUGCGAUGACGGAGCGAGUCUGUUCGAGUACUCAGCUGCUGAUUGUGACAGGAUGAGCCAACGCAUCUUGCCGGAGCUCGCCAAGUCAGUGAUCUAUGUCAAGGCGAUGCGACAUCCCGUGUGCUUCGAGACUCUGAUCUCCUCCAACUGCAAGUAUGGUCUCUUCGCUUACUCUGGAGGAAACAAACUGAUCCCACGUCCUCUGUGGAAGCGUUUCCGCUCGACUUUGAUACAUUCGUUCUCUCGUACAGGGAGUGAGACGUACCAUGCUCUGAUCAUCUUGAAGAAGCCUGGUCUGCGAAAAAGGGUCACCAACAUGGAACAAGUCAGAGGUUCUGUGCAAGAUGCCCUUGGCAAUGCUUCGACAAGGGUGUUGCUACAUGAUCUGAGCCUCCUGGCUUUUGCUGAGCAGGUUGAGAUGGUCUCUCGCUCCUUCCUGUUAGUUUCUCCAGGAGGAGCUGCCUCCAUGAUCUCAGUGUUCUUGCCUGCCAAGUCGACGCUCAUCCUCGGCAGUUUCUGCUCGCAGUGUCUCGUCAGCUCGUGCUACAAUCAUGAAGUCGAUUACUUGUUCAGCAUCUUUCCUUCCAGGGAUGACGUGCGCGUUGUGCUCUAUCCCAUCAAGGAGGAGGAUUUUGUGCCUCCCAACAAGCCUCAAGGUUGUGACUACCGCUUUGGCGAUCAGUCCUGGAUGAAGCAGCAGGCUCAGCUGGCUUUCACGUCCUUCUUCCUCUCUCGGGACAAGCAAGCUUGA